UAUUGGCAACGCCGCUUUCGCCCAAAAUGUACGUCACACAUGAAGUUUAAUAAUGAAUAUUUAUUGCUUUGCUGGAUUAAUAACAUUAUUAUUUGCUUUAAAUUAACAGAAAUUGAUUAAUUAAUGUAAUUGACUUCUGUAAGAAAGUAUUGUUAAUGAUUCGGCGUGGUCCAGUGAAAAGUUUGGGGGGCGUAUUGAGGUAAAAAAUGGCACGGGAUUAUGAUCACUUAUUCAAAUUGCUCAUCAUUGGCGAUAGCGGAGUCGGAAAAAGUUCGCUUCUACUUCGAUUUGCCGACAACACCUUCUCCGGUAGUUACAUUACGACGAUAGGUGUCGAUUUUAAGAUACGCACCGUAACAAUAGACGGUCAGCGUAUUAAAUUACAAAUUUGGGACACGGCAGGCCAGGAGCGGUUUCGGACGAUCACGAGCACGUACUAUCGAGGAACGCACGGUGUAAUCGUUGUGUACGACGUGACGAAUGGUGAGUCGUUCGCAAACGUCAAACGAUGGCUGCACGAAAUCGAACAGAAUUGUGACGUCGUCAACCGGAUCUUAGUGGGAAAUAAAAAUGACUGUCCGGAUCGUAAAGUAGUCCUAACGGAGGAUGCGAAGCGAUUCGCAGACACGAUGGGUAUACAGUUAUUCGAAACGUCAGCCAAAGAUAACAUAAACGUUGAGGAAAUGUUUAUAAACGUUACUAGGUUAGUUUUACGAGCGAAGUUAGAAAUGAAAGAGCGACAGAAUGUUACGCAGAACGAUGUCGUUAAUUUAAGGAAGAGUAAUAAGCAGGGCAAAAAAAGAUGCUGUUAAUGUUUUUUUAAAUUUGCUUUCUAUUUUGAAUGUGUGUGUGUGUUUUUUAAAAUUGCUUUUCUCGAUAUUAUUAGCAACCUCUCAUUAGCUUUCUCUUUUAUAAGUAUUAUACGCAUUUCUUUUUGUACAUAUUUUUAUACAUGUUAAAAUAGAAAGCAAGUCUAAAAAUGUUUUAUAAUUGUAAUUAGGAAAUUAUUUAGUAAGUUUAAUUUUUGUAUGCAAUUCCUAAAAUUCUUGUAAUUGUACAGUAAAUAAAAGAUACUGAAUCCUA